AUGCCACCAGUGCAAGAAAUUGAGUCUAUGGCAUCCCCUCGAUUUAUCAAAUCACAUCUGCCAUUAUCUCUUCUACCACCCAAGCUUUUGGACACUUGUAAAGUUUUUUACGUAGCUCGGGACCCUCGUGACGCAGCUGUGUCAUCUUACCAUCAUAACAAAUUUUGUAAUUACCUCCAAGACGGCGUGGACUUCAAAACUUAUUGGGAAUUCUUUAUCAAUGAUUUAGUUCCCUGGACACCAUUCUUUGAACACGUUAAAGAAGCGUGGCAAAUGCGGAACCAUGAUAACAUGUUCUUUUUGUUCUACGAAGAGCUUUCUAAGGUAAACUGUUUGAAAUGUAAAACUUGA